AUGGAGUUUUUGCAGGAAAUCUCCAAGCAAAUAGUUAGAGACAAAUUUAAAAACAUGGCAUAUAAAUCCGGAAUAAAGAAGAGGAAGAUCACCAAGCCUAUGAAUGAAAGAAUGGAAUGCUUCCAAUUGUAUAAAGACAGAAAUGACAUUGGGAUGCCUCAGAAAUAUAUAUGUCUACUCCAGCGUGCUGGGAUAACUAUAUAUGACCCUGUCGAUCACUCAUGGGAAAGGCUCCCUCCCAAUCCCACUGGAAUUCAAAUCUCAUUUGUUUCUCGUUUAGUUUGUGUGAAUCACAAGCUCGUUUUGAUGGGUUUGAAACAUCAUGAGCAUGAGACUAGAAGGAUUUUGGUAUAUGAUUUCGAAACAAGUACAUGGCAGCAAGGUGCUGAAAUUCCCACUGCCACAUCUUCAUCCAUGUUUGCAUGUUGUGCGUCACCUGAGGGAUCCAUUUACAUUGCCGGAGGGCUUGGACAAUGUGAUAAUAGUUUCAGUGAUGCAGCAGUAUACAAGGUAGAUGAAGAUAAAUGGGAGAUUCUUCCUAAGAUGCACCAAGAAAUUGGCUUCUGUAGGGGUGUUUUUAUAGAAGGGUUGUUCUAUGCCAUUGGUAUUUUCAAUAAUAGGGCUCAAAGAUUUAACCCUAGCACAAGAGAGUGGACAACUUUAGAAAAUACGUUAGGUAAUUCUAAGUAUGUCCAAUUUCUAUAUGCAUUUGGACAAUUAUAUGCCUUUGGAGGGGAAGGAGUAGAAAAGUAUGAUUGGGAAGGAGAAGUGUGGAGAGAAUUGGAGCCCCUCCCUCAACAACUUAGCUUCAUUCGUGCGACUGUGUGGUGUGAUAGAAUUUUCUUGAGCGGAUAUAAGAAUACUUCCUUACAAUCGGGCCAUCCAGUUUUCUAUAUGUAUAAGCCUGGAGCAGUGAUCACCGAGAGGUGGAUUGCUAUUAACAAGCCGGAAUCAUUUGUCGACAUGGAAAUCCUAUCUGUUGCAACAAUACAAAUUUAA